CUGAGCGGGGGCGGCCAAUGGGAGCCGCGCCCGGCGGGGGCCGCCCACGGGCUGCGCCGGCUGCAUAAAGAGCCGCGGCGCGGACUCGGCGCAGAGCAGCGAGCUCGUCCUCCAGCAUCGCCGGGCGAGACCGCGCCAGCCGCCAGCCGCCAGCCGCGCCCGGGCCGGAGCCCAGCCUACCUAGCCUCCCGCCGGGACCCCCUCGCCUCGCCCGCCGCCUCCCGUGCACCCAUGGAGCUGGACCGCAUGACCAGCGGCGGCCUCCACGCAUACCCCGGGCUGCGGGGCGGGCCGGCCGCCAAGCCCAACGUGAUCCUGCAGAUCGGCAAGUGCCGCGCCGAGAUGCUGGAGCACGUGCGCCGGACCCACCGCCACCUGCUGACCGAGGUGUCCAAGCAGGUGGAGCGCGAGCUCAAGGGGCUGCACCGCUCCGUGGGCAAGCUGGAGAACAACCUGGACGGUUACGUGCCCACCGGCGACUCGCAGCGCUGGAAAAAGUCCAUCAAAGCCUGCCUGAGCCGCUGCCAGGAGACCAUCGCCAACCUGGAGCGCUGGGUCAAGCGCGAGAUCCACGUGUGGAGGGAGGUCUUCUACCGGCUGGAGCGCUGGGCCGACCGCCUGGAGGCCGGGGGCGGCAAGUACCCAGUGGGCAGCGAGGCUGCCCACCCCUCGGUGUCUGUGGGCGUGGGGGGUCCCGAGGGCUACUGCCACGGCGCCUACGAUUACACCGUCAGCCCCUACGCCAUCACCCCGCCGCCCACCGGGCAGCUGCCGGGCCAGGAGCAGGAGGACGAAGAGCAGUGGGGCCCCGGGGAGGACGGGCAGCUGAGCCCUGGCGUGGACACGCAGAUCUUUGAGGACCCGCGGGAGUUCCUCAGCCACCUGGAGGAGUACCUGCGGCAGGUGGGCGGCUCCGAGGAGUACUGGCUGUCCCAGAUCCAGAACCACAUGAACGGACCAGCCAAGAAGUGGUGGGAAUUCAAGCAGGGCUCGGUGAAGAACUGGGUGGAGUUCAAGAAGGAGUUCCUGCAGUACAGCGAGGGCACACUGUCCCGCGAGGCCAUCCAGCGCCAGCUGGACCUGCCGCAGAAGCAGGGCGAGCCGCUGGACCAGUUCCUGUGGCGCAAGCGCGACCUGUACCAGACGCUGCACGUGGACGCCGAGGAGGAGGAGAUCAUCCAGUACGUGGUGGGCACACUGCAGCCCAAGCUCAAGCGCUUCCUCCGCCACCCGCUGCCCAAGACGCUGGAGCAGCUAAUCCAGAGGGGCAUGGAGGUGCAGGACGGGCUAGAGCAGGCGGCCGAGACCCCCGAGGAUGAGGCGGACGCGGACGCAGACGCCCUCACGCCAGCCCUCACCAGCGACUCCGUGGCCAGCGACCGGACCCAGCCCGAGUAAGGGGCAGCGGGGCCCGGCCGAUCCACCACAGUCCACCGUGGCCUUUUCCAAGCAGGACUUUUGAGCUGGGCUGACUCCUGCUCAUCCACCUCAGCA